AGCGCCUUCCACGCUUCUGGGAUAUCAUGGGAUCUUUGACUAUUACUGGGCUUAUGUUGUCUCUCGAAGAAACCAUUAUUACUAGUGCAUUACUGACCAUGGGUGGGGACCUAUACAGAUAGAUACCGAAUGCUUUUCUUACUCUCCUUUGUUGCCAUUCUACUCCUUUACGCUCGAAUAGGGGAUAUCUUCGGCCGCGGGUGGCUAUUCUUUACUAUAAUAGCUUUGCUCAUUCUUGGAAGCGAAAUGUGUGGAGGUUUAUUUACUAUGGGUAUAUUGAUUACUAGUCGCACUAUAUUGAUCGCUUACAGGCGUACUUAAAGAGGCUGAUGCUUUGCUCUGAUCUUCAUGUGGACAGGGUACAGGCGGGACAGACAUCCAACUUCCCACGGAGACUGGCAUUGCCAAUUUAUUACCUUGAGAAAAUAAUAAUUAUUCAUAGCUUUAACUAUGGUAGCUAAUACUAUUAGUGUUGCCAUUUAUGCAGGGGCUUGAUGAGU